AUGCCACAAUACAUUGGAUCGAUCGACCAAGGGACUAGUUCCACUCGUUUUAUGGUGUUUGAUACUGCUGGCCAUAUUAUUGCUUCUCAUCAGACAGAAUUUGCUCAAGUGCUGCCACAAGCUGGAUGGGUCGAGCAUGAUUUGGAAGUCAUUUACCAGACAGUAGUGACUUGUAUUCAAAAAACAGUCGUUGACAUGUCUGCUAUGGGCUUGCAGCCAUUGGAUAUCAAAGCUAUUGGCAUCACUAAUCAGCGUGAAACUACUUGUGUAUGGGACCGACUGGAUGGCAAGCCGUUACAUCAUGCUAUUGUUUGGCUUGAUACUCGUACUCAGGAUACUGUGGAAAGAUUGAUUGCUGCAACCCCGUCAAAAUCCAAACAUCAUUUCCAGUCAAUCUGUGGUCUCCCACUGUCUACUUAUUUUAGCGCUGUCAAGCUGCGAUGGCUACUGGAUAAUAUUAAAGCUGUUCAAGAUGCCAAUCAAACGGACCGUCUCAUGUUUGGCACAAUUGAUUCGUGGCUAAUUUAUCGUCUCACUGGUGGUGUCCAAGGCGGUAUACAUGUGACUGACGUGACCAAUGCCAGUCGUACUAUGCUACUUAAUCUGAAGAGUCUUGACUGGGAUGACGGAAUGCUUUCUUUUUUUGGCAUGAACAAAUGCUCGUUACCAGCAGUUAAAUCGUCAUCGGAAGUCUAUGGCUUGAUUGCUGAUGGACCGUUGAUGGGAAUUCCGAUUGCUGGCGAUCUUGGUGAUCAACAGGCAGCACUUGUUGUUAUCAGAAGAGAACAAAUCAAAAGUGUAAUGGAUGUUGCACUUUAA